AUGUCGGUGGCUGCUCCGUUCCAAGCCUGUGACCACACUCCGCCAGCCAAGGUGCGACGCUUGGGAGGCAACCCGGGAGGUAACGCUGCUUCCCAGGAGCUUCGGCAGGUCGCUCUUCCCCACGCCGAUGCUCCGAAGGUCUUGCCGAUCGCGAACCCGACCGCAGAGGAUGGCGAACCCAGUGAAAAUAUCUUUGUCGAGGUCAAUCUCCACGCUCUGAAGGGUCUCCCGCAGGAGCUGGUGUCUAAGGCCGAACUGGCUGCCGGAGGUGGUGAGCUUACAUGCCAGGCCGUUGCACACGUGGGCUCUGAGAAGACCUCAACAGAGUGGCUCCCCUUGCAGAAGGAGAUGUGGAAAGCAAAUCCCAACAUGGUAAGCGCUGGCGAGGUGACCUGGGAAGGUGUGUGGGAGGCCAGCCGUGCGCUGAACCUCUGCAUUCCCUCCGAGACAAAGACCAUCGCCGUGGACUUUUGGCUGCCCAACCAGCCGAGACCCAUGGCCACCACGAGCCUCAAAGUAGGAGCUGGGCGGCAAUCCUGUAACUUGGACCGUGGCGGCUUCCUGGAGGUGGACGUCGGCGGCAGCGAGGUCAAGAAUCGGAGGGCCUCCGAGCAUUCCUUAGACAUGCUGAAGUCCAUCACACCCCAGCCCGGCACCGUCGCGCGGCUCCAGAAGAUGUUCCGGGUGCGGGACGAAGCGGCCAAGGUGGUGAUGGCUCGCGACCUCGCCGGCGCCCUGAAAGCCACCUUGCACAAGCACAAGCACCUCAACGUGCCCUUGGAGCAGACGCAGCUUGAGGAAGUGAUGCACAAGCUUCGGGAGGUCUAUGCCGAAGCGUUUGGGGACGUGGCGCACGUGAGUUCCCAAGCUAACAGGCAGCACACGAGAGGGCCUUCCAUCAUGCCUUGGAAGGGCUUUUUGAGCUGCUUGCUCUUGGAGAAGCUUCCGGACUAUGCUACCGGCCAGCUCGCCCUCAGGUUGUUCACCAUCCAGAAGUGCUUGUUGGGCGAUGACUGCCCGACGAACAUGACCUCCCAGGUGAUCAUGCAAGCGUAUGAGCAGGUGAGGAAGCCCGUGACGUCGUGGGAGAGGAGCGUGCUCGUUGUAACGGCCAUCUCCACUAUCCUCAUUGCUUGCAGCUUCAUCGCGACAGGCAUCUCCCUGGACUACUCGCCCGACUGGGCUGGAUGGUUCUAUGUGGAUACGGGCUUUGCCGUAGUCUUCAUCUUGGAGGUUUUUGUCAAGCUCAUUUGCCUUGGACCACGGGAGUACUUCUGUGGAAAGGAAUGCGUCUGGAACAUUUUCGACAUGACGCUUUCCACGGGUGCCGCGGCGGAGAUCGCUUACCAGGUGGUGAUCAACGGCGCUUCCACGCCGAGCCGAAUCGCCUUGACCAUUCGGGUGUUGCGGCUGGCGCGGGUCUCCUUCUACAUGCGUCUUAUCAACACGUCUCCUGGUAUAUUCUUGCUUAUGGAGUUUUUGGGGAAGAUCUGGGGCACCGACCUGCAAAGGCCGCUUCUCACCGAGCUGUCCAACAUCGUUCAGGGAUUCAUCAUCGCAGUGCCCUCACUGCGCCUUGGGCGAGGAACGGAUAGGAACAAUCAGUCUAGGUUCUGGGUCAUGCUGACCCUUCUGGUCAUUGUGUACGUCAGAUUUUAA